AUGGCAAAGCAGUACAAAGUUCCAUUCGAGCUCAACAACCCUGAGCUUCUCCACUACGAAUCAUUCGUCGAUAACAAGUGGAUUUCAAGCAAGAAAGGUGGCCGCUUUGAAGUUGUUGAUCCUGGUACCGACAUUGCAUGGGCUAGCUGCCCUGCAAACACGGUUGAUGACGUCCCUCACGCUGUUGAAGUCGCACAUGCUGCUUUCAAUCAGUAUAGAAAGGUUGUACCUCGUCAACGAGCACAGUGGUUACUGAAAUGGGAUGCACUCAUUCGCGAAAAUAAAGACGACAUCGCCAAGAUCAUAACCUACGAAACUGGAAAGCCAAUUGCUGAAUCAUAUGGAGAAAUAGACUAUUCAACAGGAUUUACUUGGUGGUUUGCGGGCGAAGCAGAACGAAUUUUCGGUACUGUAUCUACACCUGCGCUCCCAGGGCGUCGUAUUUUCACGAUAAAGCAGCCCAUUGGGGUCGCUGUUGCGCUCGUGCCAUGGAAUUUUCCUAUGGCGAUGAUCCUACGAAAGGCAGCUGCCGCGCUCGCUGCGGGGUGUACAAUGAUUGUUAAGCCUAGUCCAGAAACUCCUCUGACUAUUCUGUCGCUUGUACAUCUUGCCCAAAAGGCUGGCUUUCCGGCCGGUGUAUUGAAUGUGUUGACUACAGAUUUGGAGAAUACACCGGCUCUCAGUGAGGCGCUAUGUAAACACCCUCUGGUAAAGAAAGUGACCUUCACUGGAUCAACACGCGUCGGCAAGAUUAUUGCCGGUCAUUGUGCCACAGGGUUGAAGAAGGUUACCUUGGAACUGGGUGGCAACUGUCCAUUAGUAGUAUUUGACGAUGCGAACCUCGACCAAGCCAUGGAUCAUUUGAUGGCGCUCAAAUGGCGACACGCUGGUCAGGCUUGUAUUACUGCAAAUCGUAUCUACGUCCAGGCCGGUGUUUAUGAGAAAUUUGCGAACAUGCUUAAAGAGCGUACGAGCAAAAUCGUUACCGGCCAUGGCGCUGCAGAGGGAACUACAAUGGGUCCCGUGACUACACCACGCAGCCUUGACAAAGCCACCAGCCAAGUCCAAGAUGCUAGAAAACUGGGUGCAAAAGUGAUAUUAGGCGGCAAUCAAAUCAAGGACAAGGGCGGAUACUUCUUCGAGCCCACAAUUCUUACCGACAUGACCGAGAAAAUGCUCAUUUCUCGUGAGGAAAGUUUUGCCCCUAUUGCUGCACUCUAUAAGUUUGACACUGAAGAAGAGGCCACAAAAUGGGCGAAUGAUACUAGUAUGGGCCUCGCUAGUUAUGUCUUUUCAAAAAACAUUGACAUACUGUGGCGGAUGUAUGAAAACUUGGAGGCCGGCAUGAUUGGUCUCAAUACUGGCAACUCUUCUGCAGCCGAGUCACCUUUUGGUGGAAUAAAGGAGUCAGGAUACGGAAAAGAAAGCGGGAAGGAUGUGGCUGUGAACGAGUACUUGAUAACAAAAACAGGCACUUUAUCCCUGGAGGGACAUUUCUAA